AGCUGAUCCUGCACAGGAAUAGGCAUAACCCCCGAGCAGCAACCACAUGCUCGAGAUACUCUCCCGUCUGCCUUCUCUAUUGCCCCACCGCUACCGUUCCUUCUCUGCAGAUCUGAAGAUACUUGCCUAUAGUAGAGAUGGACAUAAAAGGAGCUCCCCCUCAUCCUGUUUCUUCCCCUCAUCAUUCCAUCAUUCUCAAACAAUCAAAGCAAGUCACAAAUAAGUAAAACAGAAAGAAAAGAAAUCGACAAAAUGUCCCUCCGCACCCUCCUCCUCGCCGCAUCCACCCUCUCCGCCACAACAUCAGCAGCAGCAGUAACAGCAAGCAAGCACCGUCUGCACGCGCGCGACUGGAUCGCCAGCGAUGAAAUCGUCGGCUUCAACCAGACCGUCCCCGACAACUCCACCGGCGACCUCUACCUCGCCUACCAGCCCUACCUGAAGGUCGUGAACGGAUGUGUCCCGUUCCCGGGUGUUGACGCCGAAGGUAAUACCGAUGCCGGCCUAGCCCCCACCGGCGCCAGCGACGGCGACUGCAGCUCCAACACAGGCCAAAUCUACGUGCGCAGCAACAUCUCCAGCACGACCAAUGAAUACCCAACAGCAUUACUAUACAGCUGGUACAUGCCCAAAGACGAACCCAGCGACGGCCUCGGCCAUCGCCACGACUGGGAGGGCGUUAUCAUCUACCUGUCUGAUUCUACUACCGUCUCCGCGGAUAAUAUCCUGGCUGUGUGUCCGUCCGCGCAUGGCGGGUGGGAUUGCUCCACCGAUGGGUAUACGCUUGAUGGUACGAAGGCGUUGAUCAAGUAUGAGAGUAUCUGGCCGUUGGAUCAUAGUUGUGGGUUGACGGAUGUGGUGGGCGGGACGCAGCCACUUGUAGCGUGGGAGAGCUUGACCACUGCGGCGAGGGAUGCCUUGCAGACGGCGGAUUUUGAUAAGGCCAUUGUGCCGUUUAAGGAUAGUACUUUUGAUGAGAAUUUGGCGAAGGCUACUUAUUGAUUAGUUACUAAGAGUUAUG